GGAAAUUUGUGGGGCAAGUACAGAAGCUAGAGAAGGGCUGGGGGCCAAGGAUGGGAGCUGCAGGGAGUCCUGGAGGGCACUGAACGCCCGGCAGCAAUAGGGAGUGUCCCUCCGAGCCUGGCAGUGCUCGGCCCCUGCCCAGCCCACGCUCCCGCGGCGAUGGCUCGGUGCGGCACCGGGAUAAAUCGGAGAGCCCGGCUGGGACCGGACACGGCACCGCACGGUCCAACCCCCCCGGGCAGCUCUCGCCAGCCGAGGGGCCGAUCCGCACAUGCUCCCUGCCUUGUUUUGCAGAGCCCGGCGGGGCCGGCCCGGCCCGGCCCGUCCCGCCCCGCGGGGGCCGCCCCCGGCCGCGCCGGCCGCUUAAAGCCGGGCUCAGCCGAGCCGAGCCGGGUUGAGCCGCAUCGCGCCGGUCGGGGCUGAGCAGCGCCAUGAUUUUCGAUCGCCUCAAACGCUUCUCCAUCGUGCUGGAGGGCGCGGAGCGGGACGGCCCGGCCGCCUUCAGCCCCGGGCAGGCGGUGUCGGGCCGCGUGGUGCUGGAGCUGGCGGCGGCCGCGCGGCUCGGGGCGCUGCGGCUGCGGGCCAUGGGCGCUGCCCGCGUCCACUGGACCGAGUCCCGCAGCGCCGGCUCCAGCACCGCCUACACGCAGAGCUACAGCGACCAGGUGGAGUUUCUGAGCCACCGCGACACGCUGAUGGCACCGCCAGACAAUGGUGAGGCCACUGUCCUACAGGCAGGAAAGCACGAGUUCCCCUUCACCUUCCAGCUCCCUGAGACCCUGGUCACCUCUUUUGAGGGGAAGCACGGCAGCGUGCGCUACUGGGUGAAGGCCAAGCUGCACAGACCCUGGUCAACAGUGAAGAAAGCAAAGAAGGAGUUCACUGUGAUUGAACCCAUCGACAUAAACACCCCUGCACUGCUGGCUCCCCAGGCAGGUGCUAAGGAGAAACUUGCUCGUGCCUGGUACUGCAACCGUGGCCAAGUGUCUGUGACUGCCAAGAUUGACCGAAAAGGCUACACCCCAGGUGAGGUCAUCCCCAUCUUUGCCGAGAUCGACAACUGCACGAGCCGCGCCGUGGUGCCCAAGGCCGCCAUCAUCCAGACCCAGACCUUCAUCGCCCGGGGCACCAAGAAGCAGAAGAAGUCAGUGGUGACCAGCAUCACUGGGGACCCCAUUCCAGCCGGGAAGAGGGAGGUGUGGCACGGCCGGGCGCUGAAGAUCCCGCCCGUGGGGCCGUCCAUCCUCCAGUGCCGCAUCAUCCAGGUGGAAUACUCCCUGAAGGUUUGUGUGGAUAUUCCUGGGACGUCCAAGCUGCUCCUUGAACUGCCUCUUGUCAUCGGGACCAUCCCGCUGCAUCCCUUCGGGAGCCGCACCUCCAGUGUCAGCAGCCAGUACAGCGUCAACCUGGACUGGCUCAGCACCAUCCCGGAGCAACUGGAGGCCCCCCCUGAGUACUCAGCAGUCGUGUCCAGCCCAGAGGCCGAGCAGAGCCUGGCUCCUCCGUGCCGCAGCGAGCUCGGGGACAUCCUGGAGGGUCCCUUCUUCGCCUACAUCCAGGAAUUCCGCUUCCGACCACCUCCACUCUACUCCGAGGUAGAUCCAAACCCCGCGUCAGACAGCAUCCGCCCGCGCUGCAUGACCUGCUGAGAGAGGCUGCGUGUGGCAGCGUGACGAUCCCUGGGGAUGGCAGCUUGCACCCUCACAGCACUGGGGUCUGGAAACGGGCACGUGACACCCCGACCCUGCUCACAGCUCUCGGCCACUCCUGUCGUGACUGUCCCCGGGCCCAGAGCCAGCGCGGUGCCGUGGCCCCGGCACGGGUAGGAGAACACGAGGGGCUGGCGGUGCGGAGCCAGGCAGGACACGCAGGGUUCAGAACUGCCCUGGGAUUUUGGGGUUAGAACAGGGAAUUCGAGCCCAGAUUGCUCUCCCCUUGCCUGCAGUGCAGAGCUCUGACAACUUCUGUCAGCUCCUGGUGUGGAAAACAGGAGCUUGGAGGCUUUCUCAGGAUUACUGGAGAAUGUUUGUUUGGAUGGUGCUCAGGGUUGGGCCCCGGGGCGAUGCAGGCGCAGCCCUUUGCCUGCGGCUCACCAGGACUGCAGCUCCCCAAGGCAGUGGAAGGUCCUUUUCUGGCUGGGUGAAGUAGAGGGCUCAGCCACUGCUGAUACUCCUUGCCACAAGCCUGUGGGUACCUGCGGGGGGAAUGGUUUGAGCCACUUAACCAAACUCUAAAGGCCUCCAAGGGCUGGUACAAGGACUUGGGGGAUGAAUUUAUGAUCUGUGGCAGUGUUUUGGUGCCAUUUACUAAGAACUGGAAAGCUGGUUUGAGAGUGUCAGCACCUACCCUGCACAGUGUGCUGGUGCCUCCCCUGAGAUGGGGCUGAAACCAACCCUCAAACUGUGGUACCAGCACAGGGGGCUGGAGCUGUGGCUGGUGGCCAAAGAAGAGAGAGGGAAGCCCAGUGUAAGGCUGGUGACAGCCACAGGUGCUGAUGGGAGAUGUGGAGUUGGGAUGAAUCCUUCAGGGCUGGGAGUCCUUGAGGCUGUGCCCAUAGAGGGGUCAGGGCCCUGGUGGGGUGAGGACACAGCAGCAACCCAGCUCACUGGGUGGGAACCAGCGUGGGAAGGGUGAGCUGAUUGUUGUGGUCAGGAGCCAGGGGCUGACCCUGCUCACUGCAGGACCCUGCUCACUGCAGGAGGACCUGAGCAGAGUUUGGGGGCUGAGGACCUUUGCAUUCCCUCACUGAGACAAUCCCUGGCCAUGCACAACCAAUGCCAGUGUGCCUUGGGCUCCGUGCUGGGGUUGCUCAGAUGAGUCUUUUCUAUCUGUGAACACUUUUGUAAUGACCACUCUUUGUCUCUACUCUUUUUGUACUACUUUUUGGUGGGGAGUUUUUUUGUCUGAAAUAAAUUCUUUAAACCAA